GCCGCCGCAAGAAGAAGAAGAAGGCCGCCGACGACGCGCCGCGCGAGACAAACUGGGACGAGCUGUACGACCCGGCCCGCCCCACAAACGUCGAGGAGUACCUGCGCAGCGAGGAGCGCAUCCGCGAGGUGCAGGAGUGGAAGGCCGUGCUGUACGCUCACCGGCGGAGGCGGACGAGGGGAGGGAGCGAUGAGAGCGAGCGGCGCAGUGAGGGCGAGGAGGAGGAGAGGCCCGGCUUGGGAAGUGAGUUUUUGAUUACGGACAGACCAAUCUGCAGCCAUGACUAUUGCUAACCCUCCAGAUCAAUUCGCGCCUCCGGCUUCGCUCACGUUUGCGCCGCCACCCAUGUCGCCUCCGCGCGCCGCUGCUCCCGUCCCCGACGACGCAACCGGCGAGGACGCCUACGCCCGCCGCCUCGCACUCUCAGGCGCAGCGCCGCCACCACCACCACCACCACCGCCAGCAACAGCCUCGCCAACCCCUCCUCCUCCACCGCCCCCUCCCACAGACGCCGCCACCAUCUCCCGCGCCCCCGUGCGCUACGACGUGCCCCCACCUCCCCCGCCAAACGAGGCAAUGGACCUCGACGACGACGACGAAGACGACUACGACCCGGCCUCGAUCCCGCUACCUCCCACCACUGCCACCCUCCCCAAUGCAGCAGACGUCGACAACACCGACGCGCCCCGCUCCAACCGGCCAGGACAGAAUGGCUUCGCCCAGCGGCUGAUGGCCAAGUACGGCUGGACCAAGGGCACCGGGCUGGGCGCGUCGGCGUCCGGCAUCACGUCGGCGCUGCGCGUGCAGGUGGAGAAGCGCCGGCGCCGGCCGGACGCCGAGGGCGGCGGCUUCGCGGAGCGCGGCGGGCGGGGGCGCAUUAUCGCGCCGAAGGCCGGCAGACCCCCAUCCCAAUCCCAAUCCCAAUCCCAAUCCCAGUCAGAAUUUGCUGGCCAGCAGGAUCAGGAGGGCGGUGGGGGUCGCGGCGGUGGUGGUCGCGGCGGUGGUGGUCGCGGCGGUGGUAGGAGUGAAGAGGGAGGAGGAGACGACAAGUUCGGCAAGGUGUCGGCGGUGGUGGUGCUGCACAACAUGCUGGAGAACAUGCCGGACCUGGAGGCCGAGGUGGAGGCCGGGCUGGGGCAGGAGAUUGGCGAGGAGUGCGGCGAGCAGUACGGCCGGGUCGAGCGCGUGCUGAUCGACGUCGAGGGCCGUCGGGUGUUUAUCAAGUUUGUCGACCCCGUUUCGGCGCUGCGGGUGAGUUUGUUUCCCCUGCCGUACCUCCUCCGCCUCCUCGAUUUCCUUCUUGCUGCUCCCCUGCAGUUGGUUGGUGGAGGUUUUAGUGACUGAGAGGACGGGAGAAGCUGACCCAUUGGGGGAUUGUAGGCUGUCAACGCGCUCGAGCAGCGUGUGUUCAACGGGAACUCGAUUGCCG